GGUCCUGCCCGGAAACAGCUCCUGGGAAUUCAAAACGGCUGGGCCAGAGCUUCAUGAGUUGCCCAGCAGCUUUGCGACUCAGGGCUGGUUCAUCGGACUCAUCAGCGCCAUGGUUCUUCUGCUGCUGGUGCUGCUCGUUCUGUGCUACAUCAAGAAGAGCAAGGGAGGGAAGUACUCAGUAAAAGAUAAGGAGGAGGAUCAGGUCAAUGGGGCCCGCACCAUGAAAGAUGGAGAGUUUGGGGAGUACAAAUCUCUGGAGAGUGAUAACGAGAAGUGCUCCAUCAGUCAGCAGUCGGUCUGCGAGAGCAAGCGCAGCAGCAACGACAGUCUAGCCGACUACGGAGACAGCGUCGACAUCCAGUUCAACGAAGACGGCUCCUUCAUCGGCCAGUACAGCGGACGCAGAGAACCUAACGGUCACGGCACUCACGCCAGCUCGGGCGCCACGUCUCCCAUCAAUCCCAACAUGCCUCCGCCCAGCAUCAGCUUUCCCACGUCUGUGACAGGAUUCCUGGGGCCAAACUAACGCUCCACCGCCACACGCACACAUCCUUGACCAUUUGAAUGAGAGGCCCUGAUGGUAUUAGACAGGAUAUUGAUUUCAUGACAGACAGUCGCAAGAAAUGACAUCCGCAAACACCGCCAGCUUCACUCUCGCAUAACAACGACACACGUGCAUCCGACAGACACGAAUAAGUCCAGGACAGUUGCUUCUAACAUUCCAUCCAAGCACUGAAAACUGUUUACAAUGUUCAGUUCGCUGCUUCCAGUGAUGUUUGGACUGUAAAUUCUCCCUCGCUGAAAUUACGCAGAAGAAGGUGCGAGAAACGACAGACAGAGUGUAGGGCAGACUUGGGCCUUGUUCAGGUGGCAGAGGAGAUCAGUAGGAGUGGCGUAGUCAGUAUUUCAGUCAGUACAGGCUAAGAUGCAUUUCCCAGAACAAACCGAUUUUGCUGCCUCUCUGAACAAUGCCUUACGUGGAAUACAUCGGUUCAAAUCACUGCAGUCAAUAGAAGUCAGGUCUUUAAGGCUGAAAAGCGAAAAUCUUUUUUAGGCAUUCUUUUCCCAUUCACGAUUACGUUAUUUGAAGUAUUGUUUUUGUAUUAUUCUUAUACUUCUCUUCUUAUUAGUUUUUUUAAUAUAUGAAAUACAUGUGUAUAUACAUUUUUUUUUUUCAUAAAGGCUAAUAUAUUUGGUUUAUAUUAUCAUAUGAUUUAUUUAAUUAUUAUUAUUUUUGUUUUGCCUGUAAUGCAUUUAUCUUUAUGAAUUCAUGUUUUAUAAAACGGUAUGUAUGAACAUUAAUAAUCUGCCAUGUGUGUCUCUCUGUCUUAAUAAUCAAAGUUCAGGGCUUUUAACUGUGUAUCGUUUGUAUUGUUGCCCAAGUGUGUUACCCAAGUAAGUUUUUCAAAUAAUGGUGUUUUUGAUGCAAUUUAUUACGUUAAAUCCCUUUGAAGUACAUACAGCCGCUGCAGUAAAGCCAAAUUUUGUCGAUCUUGACACUAACAUAUAUUUUUAAAAGAAAAAAAGAAAAAACAGCAACAAAAACUGAUUUCCUGCAGCAAAUAACAGCAUGAGAUGUAGUGCUAGGCUAGUUGAUGUCGUGUGAGGCAGUGUCAUCCGUCCGGCAGCUUGCGAAUAUUAACACUCAAACAUGGCCAAUUAUGUACAGUGAAUUAUUACUAACAAUAACAGUCGUACAGUAUAAUCUAUCGCAUUUGUCUCGUCGUCCGAGAGAACAAGCUGAAUGUAAGUCAUCUUUUCUUUAGUUUGUUUUUGCAUCUAACAUCUUUAUUAUUAGAUUUAGUGGUAUUAUAAUGCUUAAUCUGAUCUUUAGUUUAGAAAACAGGUCAGAAGUAAAAUGCAAUUUUUUAUGGGACUUCUGAAUGAUUAUAUCGUUGUGGAUUUCAUUAAGUGCGUUUUUUUGGUGGGGGGUGGGGGGUGUCAGUGAUGAUGUCAUGAUGGGCCUGCAGUUUGCCGACAUCAUCGCGUCUGUGACGUAAUUACGGCUUUGAGUUAACUCAUCUGUCUUCUCUCGCAUACGCCACAGCAUCCUGAAUUGUACUGAUCAAAUUCAUGCUGCAAACGCCUGGUUAAAAUCAGAUUAAAUACUAGGAAUAUUUACAACAAAUGUAUGUAAGAGUAUGUAGCCUGUGUACGCAUUAAAAUCUAUUUUCCUACAAGAAGGACUUGAGCUAAGCGGGUGGGAUUGCAGUGCAUGGCUUUAUAAGAUCCUGAAGCACGUCACCAUCCCUCCCGGCUCUGUGGGAUAUCUCCAUACUGUAUGUAAGCUUCUUCUUACCUCUGCUUUCUAUUUGUAAAUCCAAACACUAAAAUGAGAAUAAAAAUGUAGUCAGAGUGGUAUUUGAAAGCACCGCAGCCUGUGUGAGUGAUCUCUGAGUUCUGAGAGACGCCGGUGCCAUCCAGAUACAACCAAAUAAAAUCACAUCGAUUAUGCAGAAAA